GCCAGGGCGACCGGAGCUUCCAAGAGCCGCGGGUACUAGCGAUUGGCGGCUUAGAAGAAGUUUCCUGUGUCGGGCUUUAUCUGCUGGCGUCGUCCUCUCGGAGUUCCCAGAAUGUUCUUUUACUUGAGCAAGAAAAUUGCCAUUCCCAAUAAUGUGAAGCUGAAAUGUAUAUCUUGGAACAAGGACCAAGGAUUCAUAGCAUGUGGUGGUGAAGAUGGAUUACUGAAGGUUUUGAAAUUAGAGACACAGACAGAUGAUGCAAAAUUGAGGGGUCUUGCAGCUCCUAGUAACCUUUCUAUGAAUCAGACUCUUGAAGGUCAUAGUGGUUCUGUUCAAGUUGUAACAUGGAAUGAACAAUAUCAGAAGUUGACUACCAGUGAUCAAAAUGGUCUUAUCAUUGUUUGGAUGUUAUAUAAAGGCUCUUGGUAUGAGGAGAUGAUCAACAAUAGAAAUAAAUCAGUGGUUCGAAGCAUGAGCUGGAAUGCUGAUGGACAGAAGAUCUGCAUUGUAUACGAGGAUGGGGCUGUGAUAGUUGGUUCAGUGGAUGGGAAUCGCAUUUGGGGAAAAGACCUGAAGGGUAUACAGUUAUGUCACGUAGCAUGGUCCGCAGAUAGUAAAAUCUUACUUUUUGGAAUGGCAAAUGGAGAAAUACACAUUUAUGAUAAUCAAGGGAAUUUUAUAAUGAAAAUGAAACUGAAUUGUUUGGUGAAUGUCACUGGAGCAGUCAGUAUCGCUGGAAUUCACUGGUACCAUGGCACAGAAGGCUACGUGGAGCCACACUGCCCCUGCCUUGCGAUUUGUUUUGACAAUGGCAGAUGCCAAAUAAUGAGACAUGAGAAUGACCAAAAUCCUGUUUUAAUUGAUAGUGGCAUGUAUGUAGUAAGUAUCCAGUGGAACCACACUGGCAGCGUGUUAGCUGUGGCAGGCUCCCAGAAGGCCAUCACCCAGGACAAAGAUGUAAACACCGUGCAAUUUUACACUCCAUUUGGUGAGCAUCUGGGUACUUUGAAGAUUCCUGGAAAGCAGAUGUCUGCACUAUCUUGGGAAGGAGGUGGACUGAAAAUUGCACUAGCUGUUGAUUCUUUUAUAUAUUUUGCAAAUAUUCGACCCGAUUAUAAGUGGGGUUAUUGCUCAAACACUGUAGUUUAUGCUUAUACCAGACCUGAUCGUCCAGAGUACUGUGUUAUAUUUUGGGAUACAAAAAACAACGAGAAAUAUGUUAAGUAUGUGAAGAGUCUCAUUUCUAUUACUACUUGUGGAGAUUUCUGCGUUUUGGCUACAAAAGCUGAUGAAAAUCAUCCUCAGGAGGAGAACGAGAUGGAAACAUUUGGUGCAACGUUUGUGCUAGUUCUUUGUAAUUCUAUUGGCACACCUCUGGAUCCCAAAUACAUUGAUCUUGUACCAUUGUUUGUUACAAUGACCAAAACCCAUGUGAUAGCAGCUUCAAAAGAAGCAUUUUAUACCUGGCAGUAUCGUGUGGCAAAGAAGCUCACAGCAUUGGAAAUUAAUCAGAUCACCCGGUCUCGAAAAGAAGGGAGAGAAAGAAUUUAUCAUGUUGAUGAUACUCCUUCUGGAUCAGUGGAUGGUGUACUUGAUUAUAGCAAAGCCAUUCAAGGCACAAGGGAUCCAAUUUGUGCCAUAACUGCAUCUGAUAAGACAUUGAUUGUGAGUCGUGAAUCUGGCACCAUUCAGAGAUACAGUCUUCCUAAUGUUGGUUUGAUUCAAAAAUACUCCCUUGAUUGUCGAGCCUACCAGUUAUCCUUGAAUUGCAACUCCAGUCGUCUUGCUAUCAUAGACAUCUCAGGAGUUCUGACCUUCUUUGACUUGGAUGCUCGGGUAACAGACAGCACAGGACAGCAAGUUAUUGGCGAGUUGUUAAAAUUGGAGCGAAAAGAUGUCUGGGAUAUGAAGUGGGCCAAAGAUAAUCCUGAUUUGUUUGCAAUGAUGGAGAAGACAAGAAUGUAUGUUUUCAGAAACUUGGAUCCUGAGGAACCCAUUCAGACUUCUGGAUAUAUUUGUAAUUUUGAGGAUUUAGAAAUUAAAUCUGUUCUUUUGGAUGAGAUAUUAAAGAAUCCAGAAUAUCCAGACAAGGAUUAUAUCAUUAACUUUGAGAUUCGGUCCCUGAGAGAUAGCCGAGCACUGAUUGAGAAGGUUGGAAUUGAGGAUGCAUCUCAGUUCAUAGAGGAUAAUCCACACCCCCGACUUUGGCGCCUACUGGCUGAAGCAGCUCUUCAGAAACUGGAUUUGCACACUGCAGAGCAAGCGUUUGUGCGUUGCAAAGAUUACCAAGGCAUUAAGUUUGUGAAGCGCCUGGGUAACCUGCAGAGUGAGUCCAUGAAGCAGGCGGAAGUGGCUGCCUACUUCGGCAGGUUCGAAGAGGCUGAAAGGAUGUAUCUUGAUAUGGACAGAAGAGAUCUGGCUAUUGGCCUCCGGCUGAAGUUGGGAGAUUGGUUUCGAGUACUCCAACUCCUGAAAACUGGAUCUGGUGAUGCGGAUGACAGUCUCCUUGAACAAGCCCACAAUGCCAUUGGAGACUACUUUGCUGAUCGGCAAAAGUGGUUGAAUGCUGUACAAUAUUAUGUACAAGGCCGGAACCAGGAACGCUUAGCUGAGUGUUAUUAUAUGUUAGAGGAUUAUGAGGGAUUGGAGAAUCUUGCCAAUUCACUUCCAGAAAACCACAAGUUGCUUCCAGAAAUAGCACAAAUGUUUGUGAGAGCUGGAAUGUGUGAACAAGCAGUGACUGCGUUUUUGAAAUGUAAUCAACCAAAGGCAGCAGUGGAUACCUGUGUACAUCUCAACCGAUGGAACAAAGCUGUUGAAUUGGCUAAAAGUCAUAAUAUGAAAGAAAUUGGUUCCCUGUUAGCGAGGUAUGCAUCUCAUUUAUUGGAAAAGAAUAAAAUUCUUGAUGCCAUAGAACUCUAUCGGAAAGCCAGUUAUUUUUAUGAUGCUGCUAAGCUGAUGUUUAAGAUUGCAGAUGAAGAGGCAAAGAAAAGAACUAAACCUUUACGUGUUAAGAAGCUCUAUGUACUAUCAGCUUUACUUAUAGAGCAGUACCAUGAGCAAAUGAAAAAUGCCCAGCGAGGAAAAGUUAAAGGAAAGAGCUCAGAGGCCACUUCUGCUUUGGCUGGUUUGCUGGAAGAAGAAGUUCUGUCUACAACUAGUCGUUUCACAGAUAAUGCUUGGAGAGGGGCUGAGGCUUACCACUUCUUCAUACUGGCGCAGAGGCAGCUCUACGAGGGCUAUGUGGACAAUGCAUUGAAGACAGCUCUUCACCUGCGAGACUAUGAAGACAUUAUCCCUGCCGUUGAGAUCUACUCUCUGUUAGCACUCUGUGCAUGUGCCAGUAGGGCUUUUGGCACUUGUUCAAAAGCUUUUAUUAAACUUGAAUCUUUAGAGACGCUCAGUUCGGAACAGAAACAGCAAUAUGAAAAUCUUGCUCUAGAAAUCUUCACCAAACAUACUCCAAAAGAUAACAGAAAAUCUGAAUUGGACAGCCUUCUUGAAGGAGGGGAAGGGAAGCUGCCAACAUGUGUUGCCACAGGAAACCUGGUCACUGAAUAUCAAUUCUGGACAUGCAGUGUGUGCAAGCACUGUGUCCUGGCUCAGGAAAUAAGUAACUAUAACUUCUGUCCCUUAUGCCAUAGUGCAGUGGGAUGAAGAAAUGACAAACUGCAUAUAUAAUAGGAGUGUUUAUAUAACA